CUGUAAUGGGGUUAUAAUAUGGAAUUGUAUGUAAAUGUAAGAAGUGUCAUACAUUUACGGAAUAAAUUAAGAUGUUACUGUGUUCAGAUGAGUGAAUAUGUGUGUGUUACUGCAGAACAUUCAGCCUCUUACCAGUUAUCACUUAGUUUGUACUUUUGUUUUAGCAUUUUUAAUAUAGUGAUUUAACUUGUGCUUUAAGGCUUGUGGACAAUCAUUUUGUUUUUUUUUGUUUUUUUCAAAAUAUAAUGUUAAUAUAUUUUUUCAAUCCUUUGCACAAUUUAUAGCAUAGCCCACAUCAAUAUAUUUAAUACCUUUUUCAUAGCCUUCAAUGUUUGAAGGACAACAUCGGGCGGAGUGUGAAAUAUUUUCUGUAAAAAAAUACAGAAAAUAAAAAUGUUCUUUUAAUCCAACUAAUCGAUUAAUUGAAGAAAUAAUCGACAGAUUAAUCAUUAGUCACAGUCCUACUUGCUAGCAACUGGUUUACACAAUAUAAUAGUUAGCAUACUGUUGCUACUGCUUGGUUUUAAUUUGUAGCUGACUUGGCACUUGCUGGAGAAAUAAUAUUAGCUAAGAUAACUACUUAGCUGGCAGCAUUAGUGCAGCAUUAGUGCAGUACUGUGUUAAAGUAGCUGGCUAUCUAAUGCUGCUUAGCUAAUGCGAGUGUGCACACACACUAAUCAACCAACUAAUUAACUCAUCUUUUUUUGUACGUUGCCUAUGGUGCAUCUUUUGAACAGAUUUGCAUUGAACUUGAGUACUUUACAUCAUAUAAAUUAUAUGACUCACUGAAGUGUUUAGGAUUGUUUGUAAAACAGAUUAUUAAUAUACACAGUGGCUUUUUUUUCCAUCAUGUCCAGACCUUUUGUGCUGCUCUAUGCUGCUACCAGCCCUACUAUUACUACUCACUUUUCCGCCCUAGGUGGUAAUGAGGAGUCAGAUUUCCCGGAGCUCCUAACAGCACGGGAGUGGUCUGAGGAUGAAGAAGGCCCUGAGGAUGACCUCAGCAGUUCCUCCAUGUGGGGGACCCCCCGCCAGAACUCCUUCGAGCUCACAUUCUCAUACAUUGCCUUCUCAGAGGGCGAGAGCUCUGGCCGGAGAGACUCUGGCCGACGGAGAACCGGAGGCAGAGGAAGACAAGGCUCACUACGCCGUAUGGACACUGUGGAAACCUUUUUACCUCCAGACUCCCCCGCUGUUGAGUGGGACCCCCUUGCCUUCAUGAGUGGAGAGGAGGAGCAGCAGGUUGUGGAAAACCUUCCUGAACCAGUGGAGAGCCACAAUCGGACUCUAGAGUCAUCCAGUCAGGGUAUAGAGUACUUUGCUGAUGAAGAAUUGCAGGGAGAAAAGGAGGAGAUCACAUUACAGGAGACGUGCUACGUUACAGAUAGUUAUGAAGCUCAACAGCUUCAUGCAUCAGAGCCAUAUGUUGGCACAGAAUCCACAGCCACAUCCCAGACUGAGGAAGAAGCGUCACAUACAUCACAAAAUCCCAUUAUUCAAAACACUCAGGAAGAGCCAACCAGGGAACAGUGGUUCUCUACACUUAACUUAUCAGAGGGGACGACGAUACAUAUCCAGAUCUCAGUAAUGGAUCUGAUCUACUGGAAGGACACCGAGAGGACAGGCAUGGUGUUCACCAGCCUGGUGGUGGGUCUGCUGUUUCUCUUCCAGCUCAGUAUCAUCACUGUGCUCGCCACUGUUUCGCUGGCCAUUGUGUGCUUCACCAUUUCUGUGCGCAUCUACUGCAAACUGCUGCAUGCUCUGCAGCUCAGAGAUGCAGCACACCCCUUCCAGACUUAUCUGGAUGUGGACAUUGGUCUGUCUGGAGACCAAGCUGAGCACUACAUGCAGAGAGCUAUAUUCCUGUGCUUUGCUGCUGUAGACACACUGAAGCGUCUGGUCUUCGUAGCUAGCCUGUUUGACUCUCUCAAGUUCCUGUUGCUGAUGUAUCUGGUGACGUAUCUGGGAGCUCUUUGCAAUGGCCUUACUCUGCUCGUUAUUGGCGUGAUUGCUGUCUUCUCUGUCCCCCUCUUCUACAGUCGGCACCAGGAAAAACUGGACAACUGGGUUGCAAAAGUCCAAGCUCAUGUUGACAACAUUAAGGACAUCCUGAAGCGAUUGGCUCAGGGUGGUGGCCCCGCCCCUGACCCCACCCCAGGCGGUGCCAAACCCAAAUCCCAGUGAGGCGUCUCAGAGGUGGAGUGAAAGAAAAUUAGGGCGGAGCAAUAGGCUGUCACUCUGAUGUCUUAAUCAAGUCUGUUUUUCAGAGCACCACUUUCAGAUUUAAUAGAGCAGGGACUAAUGAGAUACUGUGUCAGAAAAAGUGCAUGGGAGGAGUGGAGGUAGGAUUUGUUUUUGGAGAGUUUAAGAGGACUCUUUUGAUGCAGGGUGAGAUUCUGCUGUACGACAAACAAAAGCAGCAGGGCCUCUAGCGCAAUCAGUGGAUUUCUGAAAGUUGUCUGGAAAAAAGGAAAUUGACGACAUCAUCGAACCAACAAACUUGAACAUACAGUAUGAGGUGGUGCACAAGAACAUUUAAACACAAGAGACUGGAGUUUGCACUAUGAUGAGCCAAAUUCAAGAAACUCCAGGACCAGUUUACUGAAUCAUCCUUCACUUUUGACAGUUUUAAUGAGAAUGGCAUGUGUAUAUGUGUUCACAUGUACAUAUGUGCAAUUUUGAUCUUGUGGAUUUAUCCUGUUACAUCCUGAGAUAUGAGAUCUAUUAAAACUCCAGUGUCAUUUUCUUUUUCCAACAUUUCCCUUUGUGCUAUUUGAAUUUCUGUAGUGAAGAAAGGGUGCAUCUGACUGCACUCUUAAGGGUUUCCUUUAUGGUUAUUUGGUUAAAUAAGGGACAACCAAAGGAUCCUAAAUUCUCUAAGUGUGUACAAACUCCACUGCAUUAGACACACACCAUGUAUACACGACCAUCUUUCUGAAUCUCUGAAGUGAAACUUUCCUUAUUGAGAUACACUAUAUUGCCAAAAGUUUGUGCAAACCCACCCAUCACACCCUUUGUGCUUUUUGAAAAUCCCAUUCCAGAUUUAGUUCCCCUUUGUUGUUAUAAUAACCUCCUCUUUUCUGGGAAACCUUUCCACUAGAUAUUGAAUGUGGCUGUGGGGAUUUGUGUUCAUUCAGCCACAAGAGAAUUAGUGAAGUGAGGUUCUGAUGUUGGGUGAGGAGGCCUGGGGUUCAGUCAGCGUUCCAGUUCAUCCCAAAGGUGUUCAGUGGGGUUGAGUUCAGGGCUCUAUGCAGGACACUCCAGUUCUUCCACUCUGGCCAUGGCAAAACAUGUCUUCAUGGAGCUAGCUUUGUGCACAAGGGCAUUGUCAUGCUGGAACAGGUUUGGGCCUCUUACAGGUGCCUUAUCAGAAAUGUAGAAUAUUGUGUAAAAGUUCAUUUUUUUCUGUAAUUUAAUUGAAAAAGUGGAACUUUCAUAUAUUCUAGAUUCAUUACACAUAAAGUGAAAUAUUUCAAGCCUUUUUUUUCUUUUGUUUUAAUCUUGAUGAUUAUGGCUUACAGCUCAUGGAAAUCAAAAAUCCAAUAUCUCAAAAUAUUAGAAUGAAGAAUUUAUAAAUCAGAAAUGAAGUGAUUUCCAUGAGCUGUAAGCUGUAAUCAUCUAGAUUAAACCAAAAAAAAAGGCUUGAAAUAUUUCACUUUAUGUGUAGUGAAUCUAUGAAUAUAUGAAAGUUCCACUUUGUCAAUUAAAUUACAGAAAAAAAUUAACUUUUAUAUCAUAUUCUAAAUUUCUGAUGAGGCACCUGUACUUCCAGUGAAGAGAAACCUUAAUGCUGCAGCAUACAAAGACAAUUACAAAUGUGUGCUUCCAACUUAGUGGCAACAGUUUGGGGAGGGCUUACAUAUGGGUGUGAUGGUCAGGUGUCCACAAACUUUUGGCCAUAUAGUGUACAUUUUCACAUUUAUCUAGUGCACUCACCACUUAUUUUCACUCCCUGCUCUAACACACCCACUUUGACCAAAAGGAAGGGCUGCUAAUUAACUGAUUAGUUGAAUCAGGUGUGUUGGGUGCAGGACAGGAGGGGGGUACCUCAGGACCAGGGAACAAGAACAAUAAAUAUAAGUGAACCUCUUUGUUCAUCUAUUGCAGAGGUGUGUAAUAAUAAGGUGCAGUAUUUACAUGCAUUAAAAUAGUGAUGAGUAUGCUAUAAUUCUAAAGUGUAAACAUAGAUACAAUCAACUACAAAUAGUAAGCGGAAGGUUGAAUGAGUGUUGUUAGUUACUGCUGCCGCUUUGACCCGAAGCCUGAUUUGUGACUCCUUCCUAAUGGUAAAAUGGUACAUUGGUAUGAUUUGUAUUACAGUGCUUAUGAUUUGUCUAAAAGAAAUCUUGUCUAGUCAUAAAUAAUAACAUUUUUCUGGACUAGACAUCCAGUGUUGCUGCAAUCCCAGUAAAGCUCACUCAGUGCCAGGUGUGACCUAUAACAGAAAUCGUGACUCUUCUGUGUUGUAAACUCUUCCGAGCGGAGUCAUCAGAGAACGUAACACAGUGUCAUUGCAUAUCGAUCAAGCUUCUCUCUCAAAUCUUAAAUUGGGCCCUUAUCUUUUUUGCUUGCCUUAAUUUUUUUUUUUUUUUAAACAUUAUCUUAACUGUGUGGUGUAAGAUCUGGGCCUGGUGAUAGUACACAUUUUUUGUUGUCCAAAUAAACUCCCAAUAGAGCUGUGAACAGCUAUAAAGCAGACCUGAUAAUCAGUGUUGUCCCUGUCCUACGGACACUGCUGUCUAUCACUGACAGCUUAUUUGAGGUAUACUGUAAUCUUAAUUUAUAUACUGUAAGAAUGCUUUCAGUGUAACUAGAGAGAUAUUGUGGUUGCUUGCUGUGCCCAAAGAACUUCCACCAUUCUGUGCUACUCUUUCAAUCGAUCCUCAUAUUCUCCUAAAUCAAUAAACUAAAUACUUUACCAGUACUAGAAUGACUGUCAGUCAAAUAAUAAAUUUUUUUCUGUAUCUUACAAGACCCUGUGCAGCAAAAUUGCCAGUGUUAUAUUUAGCCCUAGAGCACAGUGUAAUUAGUCUUGGAGAACUGGAGUCCGGCAUGCUUCGGUGAUUUUCCUGUUCACAGACAAUGGAUUUAAUAUACCAGUAGGUGUGCUAGAGCAGGAAAAUCAUCAAACAUUACUGGAUUGCAGCUCUUUAGGACUGGAGAUGAAUACCAUGCUCAAAGUGUUGGGAAUUUUGCUGUAUUUACAUCUCUUUAUCUCUUCUCUUAUCCUAAAAUCUAGUCUUUUUUUUUUUUUUUUGUAUUUUCAGAAAGCAAAGACAAAUCUUGAAUCUUGCAAUAAUAUGUUGGAAAUAAACACUGAAGAAAAAAUACAAGUGGCCUUUUUAUUUUCACCUACAUGCACAACAUUAAAUGAUAUUUCUGUCACAGAGACUAGAGUAGGCUACGUGUUACAAUCAUUUCACCACCUGAUUGUUUUUGCAAGUAUAAAAUAUUAAUCUCUUGAUUGCAUUCUUAUUAAUAAUAUAUAAACCAGAUGAUGCAAUUCCUCCACAUUAU